GCGCGCGGGCAGAACACGCAGAGACCGACCAGCAACCUGUCACCAAAGCGUAUAGAGCGCAGACCUAACAGAGUUACUAUACCGGGAAACUGGAACGGACAGGGCUCCGGGAUGUCUCCGAUGUCUCGUCCGUGAGAAACCACAUAAGGAACUAUCGAAACAUACACUACAAAGAGAGGCGGGAGUUUUAAUUGCAAGGAAAAUCUGGAUACAACAGUUCCUUUUAUUAGUGCCGUUGGAUACGUUGUUUCCAACUUUGCUUGACGGGUCGGAGGGGCUACCAACUGUGCUUCCAGUGGAGAGUUUCGUCUUGGCGAGACAGGAGCGGAUAUAAACAGCCGCUGACCGCGCACUCUGAAGUGGACUAAUCUUUCCCCAGCACCCGGUGGACUAGCCUACCAGGCAACGCCCGGAACCCAAUCAGUUGAUCAAUUUGGAUUCUUAGCGGGAUUACUUUGGACCUUUCCCCCCUCGUAACAAUGAGUCGGGCUGUGUACAGUCUUGCGGCGGUAGCGCUCUCCCUCGCGCUGCUGUGCGGUCCAGGAUCCAUUGGUCUGGUGCGUGCAUUCGGCGACGAGACAGAGGAGAUGACGUGCGACCCGAUACGCAUCGCCAUGUGCCAGGACCUGGGCUACAACGUCACCAAGAUGCCCAACCUGGUGGGCAACGUCCUGCAGUCAGACGCGGAGCUCCAACUCACCACCUUCACACCACUCAUACAGUAUGGCUGCUCCAGCCAGUUGAAGUUCUUCCUGUGUGCGGUGUACGUGCCCAUGUGUACAGACAAGGUUCCCAUCCCCAUCGGGCCGUGUGGCAGCAUGUGUCUGUCUGUCAAGAGGAAGUGUCUGCCAGUCCUAAUAGAGUUUGGCUUUGUCUGGCCAGAGCUGCUCAACUGCAGCCUGUUCCCCCCUCAGAACGACCACAACCACAUGUGUAUGGAGGGUCCGGGGGAUGAGGAGGCCCCCUACCACCCGGUCCGACCCCUGCCCCCCCAGGAGGAGGAGUGCCAGGCCCUGGGGGCCGGGCCAGACCAGUAUGCCUGGGUGAGGCGGAGCCACAGCUGUGCACUGCAGUGUGGGUAUGACGCGGGGCUGUACCGGCGCGGGGCCAAGGUGUUUACAGACGUGUGGAUGGCAGUGUGGGCAGUGUUGUGUUUCCUCUCUACCACCCUGACCGUCCUCACCUUCCUCCUGGACUCAACACGUUUCUCCUACCCCGAGAGACCCAUCAUCUUCCUCUCCAUGUGCUCCAACCUCUACAGCGUGGCCUACCUGGUGCGCCUGACUCUGGGUCGGGAGCGUGUGUCCUGUGACCUGGAGGAGGCAGCGGUACCUGUUCUGGUACAGGAGGGGUUAAAGAGUACUAGCUGUGCCAUCGUCUUCCUCCUGCUCUACUUCUUUGGCAUGGCCUCCUCGUUGUGGUGGGUGAUUCUGACUCUGACCUGGUUCCUGGCUGCAGGGUUAAAGUGGGGUCACGAGGCCAUCGAGAUGCACAGCUCCUACUUCCACAUAGCAGCCUGGGCCAUCCCCGCCAUCAAGACCAUCGUCAUCCUCAUCAUGCGACUAGUAGAUGCUGAUGACCUCACGGGGCUGUGCUACGUGGGUAACCUACAGCAGGAGGCAGUGACGGGCUUCGUGGUUGCCCCGCUCGCUGCAUACCUCCUCAUUGGCACUCUGUUUAUCUGUGCCGGCUUGGUGGCCCUGUUCAAGAUCCGCUCCAACCUGCAGAAGGACGGGGCCAAGACGGACAAGCUGGAGCGUCUGAUGGUGAAGAUCGGGGUGUUCUCUGUGCUGUACAUGGUACCUGCGUCCACCGUGAUAGGCUGCUACCUCUACCAGCUAUCCCACUGGGGGGACUUCAGGGCCAGUGCCAGGGACUCAUAUGUGGCAGCAGAGAUGCUGAGGAUCUUUAUGUCUCUGCUGGUGGGCAUCACGUCGGGCAUGUGGAUCUGGUCGGCCAAGACCCUUCACACCUGGCAACGCUGCUCUGCCCGCCUGUGGAGGGACGGCCGGGCAGGGAGGGGCAAGCGGGCACCGGGGGACAGCUGGAUAAAACCUGGCAAGGGCAAUGAGACGGUGGUGUGAGUAAAGAGGGAGAGGAAUAGAGAAAGGGGAAGAUAGGAACCGGGUGGCUUUUUAAAGCAAACCUGCCCCCAAACCCACUGCUAGUGCUACUACCUGAUGUAGAGAGCGAAAGAGAGAAGGACAGACAGAUAAAUAGCCCCACUAAGCAGACAGUGGUCUCCUUUGCCCACGUUGUCUGUGGUUCUCUCCCUACUAGCAGACUAACCCACUGCCAGAGAAGAGACUGACCCUGCAGCCUACAGCAGGCUCUGGGCUGAUCUAUAGAACCUUCUGACUUUAGAGAGUUGUUUUAAAGGUUGAAUUUACACUGGAAAGUCAUGGUCAAGAUGAUGUACAGAUCUAAACUACAGCCACACUGAAAUGCACUAUGACUAGCUGAUGUAGCUUGGUUAACAUGCCUUAUGUGGAACGGGAGGCUGGGCUGCCCAGCCGGCCACACUCUGGAGGCUAUGAAGCUAUGCCACUGCAAAGGCACCUGGGAUUUGGAGUGAAUUGACUCUAUGGUGCUGCAGCUAAGGCACCUGGGAAACGUAGGCCUAUGUCCUUUACCUCAGUGCUCAGCAAGCAGCACAGCUGAUCUCCACCGACCUACACGCAGUCUUAAUGAGGAAACAGACACUCAACUAUGAACUCUGAACUUUAACCCUUGACCUUCUUCAGUCACUCAUGGAACCCUUAGGAAUGGCGGUCAGUAAUGAACUGGUAUAAGGUUCUUUCUGUAUUUCUUUUUACUGGUUAUGGAAGUGAAUUAAGGGUUAUUAUGAAUGAUGUUAGACAAUCAACCCCCAAAACACAUUAUGCAAAUGCUAUAAUACACCAACAGUGAAACACACACAGGGAGAGAGAAAGAGAGUCACACUCAUACAGUCUGUAGAGUUGCCCCUUAUGCAAUCCACUCCCAUCAAAUCUGCUGCAUCAGCUGAGUUAUUAUUGCAUUAAGCUGCAACCAUCACAACACACACAGCAGAGAAACAGUCAAAUACAACACACACACACACACACACACACACACACACACACACACACACACACACACACACACACACACACACACACACACACACACAGCAGAGAAACAGUCAAAUAGAACACACACACACACACACAGCAGAGAGACAGUCAAAUACACACACACACAGCAGAGAGACAGUCAAAUACAACACACAUAGCAGAGAGACAGUCAAAUACAACACACACAGCAGAGAGACAGUCAAAUACAACACACACACACACACACACACAGCAGAGAGACAGUCAAAUACACACACACACAGCAGAGAGACAGUCAAAUACAAUACACACACACACAGCAGAGAAACAGUCAAAUACAAAACACACACACACACAGCAGAGAAACAGUCAAAUACACACACACACACACACACACACACACACACACACACACACACACACACACACAGCAGAUAAACAGUCAAAUAGAACACACACACACACACACAGCAGAGAGACAGUCAAAUACACACACACACACAGCAGAGAAACAGUCAAAUACAAUACACACACACACAGCAGAGAAACAGUCAAAUACAAUACACACACACACACAGCAGAGAAACAGUCAAAUACACACACACACAGCAGAGAGACAGUCAAAUACAACACACACAGCAGAGAGACAGUCAAAUACAACACACACAGCAGAGAGACAGUCAAAUACAACACACACACACACACAGCAGAGAGACAGUCAAAUACACACACACACAGCAGAGAGACAGUCAAAUACAACACACACACACACACAGCAGAGAAACAGUCAAAUACAACACACACACACACACACACACACACAGCAGAGAAACAGUCAAAUACAACACACACACACAGCAGAGAGAAAGUCAAAUACAACACACACAGCCGAGACAGAGGGACUCUGUACCCUGUCUCUCGACAUCUCUACUGUGUUGCCAGUCUGACAGACAAGUCCUUUGGUUAAUAGGUCUCAAAUGCAACCCUAUCAUUCCCCAUAUAGUGACUACACUAUACACUAUGAGGAAUAGGUGUGGUUUGGGAAGUGCCCUUUUGAAGUGUGAUUUUAAGAACCUGUUAGUACCUAAGACCUGUGGGUACUGCCAACCCGACAACUCCAUUAAGUACUUUUUUGUAAAGAGAAACAGGUGUUGUGAAUGUUUUUUAAAUGUAUUAUAAGAAAUGCUAAUUUAUCUUUGUAAAAAUACAUAAAAAAACACAAAAAAAAGUUUAUAAAAAUAAAAUACUUUUGUAU